GUGGUCUCCCACCUAAUUAAGGUGGGAGGGGCUGGAAAAAGCAUGGAUCUCGAGGGUUGUCUGGUUGGUGGUGUUUAUGAAGUGAAGAGGAGGCUACAGAGCGGAUAUUUUGGUGUGACAUGGCUCGCAGAAAAUAAGACGACUAACAGGGACGUUUGUCUUAAGACUUUUUUUAACGAGAGCCAGUCCCAGAGAAAGGAACUGGUCAUACUGAAGCAGCUCUGUGAGGGACACUUUGAACACGAUUACAUUUGUCGUGUACUAGACGUGUGCAUUGAUAGAUCUCCGGUCCUAAAUGGAUCCGGUGUCGUUCUUGGAAGGAUACAGUUUGUUGUUUUUGAGUACUGCUCUGGGUCGGACCUGUUUAAUUUUCUUUGUAGCGGCCCUUGGGAGAAACAUAGAAAAGUAUCUAAUUUCUCUGAACCUCUUGCUCGUCAUUAUUUCAAGCAAGUCCUUUUAGGUGUCAUGUAUCUUCAUGAAAGAGGAAUGUACCAUCGGGACAUCAAACCAGAGAACUGCGUUUUGGACGAUAACCUCAAUUUGAAACUGACCGACUUUGGAACAAACAAGUAUUUUGCAGAUGCUGACCCAAUGAAACUCAUUCGUACAAAGACAAGAGGUGUUGGAACCGAGACCUACAGAGCCCCUGAAGUUAACUCGGGACUUGACUAUGAUCCUGCAGCUGCUGAUGUCUGGAGUCUAGGGGUCACACUAUUCUUCUUUGUUGGGGUUGAACAAAUGUUUGCUAAAGUCCAGACUUUAGACUCCUACUCUAAACAAAUAAUAGCUCCACUAGGAAUAUACUUUCCCUUCCCCCUCCACUGCUCAAAACUUGACUCAUACCUAAGGAGGUCAGUAUACUGUACAUGUAAUGGCAGCUGUACAUAUAAUGAUACAUGGUAUAUUAAUAAAUGGUGUCUCUUUCUACGUGUUCAAUUGUUCGUGUAUAUCAGGGAGGCUGAUUUGAGAGGGCGUGGUGUUAAUGGAAGCCUCAAAGGUUCUGCACUGCCUAACGAGUCCUUCUGGUCCGAGUGGGAGUGUCUCAAGGUAUCGAUUAGUCCGGGCCUGCGUGACCUGUUGAACAGGAUAUUCGUGUUAGACGCUGGACUAAGGAUAACGCUGAGGGACAUAUUGAGACACCCGUGGGUAACAAUGGAGGACGGUAUGUCGCCCGAUAUCAUUAAAAUGGAAAUGGAGAACAGGUGUCCAUCAGCCAUAAGGAUGUCUCGGGAUGCCAGCCCUUUACUAGUUGGAUCAAAAUUACUAGGAGGCGUUGAUAGGGUGGUGCUAAGAGAGAGUCUCUCUGGAGCAAAUAAAGAGGACAUUGCAUUUCCUGAAGACUCGGAGAUUUGGCAGUGGUCAUUGCAGAUAGAACAUCUUGAGAGCCUCCAGUUGAGGAUAUCCGGAGGAGAUGCUCAGGAAGUGAUGAUGGAUUUGAAUAUUACUCUAGAGCUGGUGAGGAAUGUACUCAAAGAGCCAGCUAACGAGAGGCAUAGACAAGUAAUGGUUGAUCACAUUAGUAAUGAAUGGAUCGCUCAGUUGUUUCUGAUUGUUGGUUUCCUUCCUAAAGACAAUUCUCUCGUCCUCCUUGAUGAGUAUCUUGAUCUCAAUCUUUUAAACUGUGCAGUAUCUUAUCUUCAAGGAAUAGAGCUUGCUGUGACAAGAGCUGCCAUUUACACACAAUGCACGGACGAUGGUAAUUCUGAAGGUUUUGAGGAAGACAUGGAAAUGGAGGCUGGUGUUAUGCCACUAGAGGAGGAGGAGGAGGAAGAGAUCACGACGUUCAGAGAUAGCGUGACAUUAAGAGGAGAGUCUGUUACUGAGUAUGAUACUAGUAGUAGUCAAUCUUUUUUUAAUAAUCCCAUCAGCACCACUGCUACUGCAUCAGGGAGUGAUCCAUUAACAAUCCCAAUUAGCAUGCACCAGUUUUACAAUAGGAGUAUAUCUUCCAAUGAAGACAACAUGUCACAAGAGACAGCAAUAGCUUCGUCACAAGAGUCAAUGUGGGCUCCAGGCAGUGUGAGCACACAAAGCUCUCAGGAUGAUCUCCCUGAUGGCUAUCAGUUAGUUCACGAGUGGAAUGUGGACUUUUCUCCCUGGCAUAGACUCAUAGAGUUAUCCAGCACACUUCAAAUACAUGAGCCCAAGCAAUACAGGGCAGCUGCCGAGUUUUGUAAAAUGUCUGGAUUACUAUGUAGCUAUGGAUUGUAUCAGGUUGUGUGUCAUGAUCAGUUGGCCAUGUACUGUAGAGGGAACAUUGCCUCAUUCUCAAUGAGGAUAGUUAAUCAAAUUGUCGAUGGUCUAUGUAAAGUAUUCAUUUCUACAUGGUGUAUGUGUGGAAAUGACGAAUGGGCUCUAGUACUAGAGAGAUUGAGUAAGGACAUGCAGUAAAGUCGGGACGUUAUAAGGAUGCAGCCCUUUUUUAAUUUUCUUUAUUUUUCUAUUGUUAUUCUCAUAUUUUUUUUCAUCUCCAAUAAUAAUUCAGUGCAUAAAAUAAUAA